GUUGCAUUAUAUACCUGCGUGGCGGUAUACAAUGUCAACUUUUUAUUGUUCGCUCAAUCGUCGUCGUCGUUGUCGACGACAACGACGGGCUUGCAUAAUUUUCGCAUUAGGCCACUCGCGCUUCGCGAGAGAUGCAUAUUUUGCGUUUUUCCCGGAAUUUUCCACUCGUCUAUGUAUCUUUCUUCAGAAUGAUAAGAAAUGCGGAAAAUAUACACUAUUUUUCCUCUUUCAAACGAACGCAGUCGCACCCUGUCGAAAGUUAUUUCAAGUUCGCUGCUCUGUAUACAUUGCAUACGGCGCGAAGGUGUCCCUGAAGUGCACUAUUUUCCUUCUAUAUGUAGGUAUAUAUAUAUAUAUAUACAUAUAUACAAACAAGAGCGUUAAAAAAGAAACAGUCCGCAGACGUAUCGAUUAUCGAUUGGAUCUAAUAAAGAAAAGUUCUCAGUCGUUACGCAUUCAUUCGUCAAUAUUGCAAAUUGCUUUCGCGCCUUUCGUGUAUAUGCAUAUAGAGAUAUACCCAAUACUUAAAAAUUAAAAUGCAUACCUACACGAAUAAUUGCACGAGCAAUAUAUGAGCUGCAGGGGGCGCAAGCUCCUAACCCCGUCGGUUACCCCUCUCGCGCCUCCCACUUCUCCAGCUUCUAAAUAUCUUCCAACGAGCGAGUCGGAGUCGGCCCUUUGUGCGCGCACACGCGCACUUAUCACUCCUCGACUGGCCGCGGCAAUUCCAAGAAAAAGCGACGAAUCGGAGCCACCGGCGCGCAGCGCUUCUAUGUUUGACAAGGCACAACAAGGGCUUGAAAAGUAUACAGUCAGUUGCGUGAAGGACGUGGAAAAGGGACAGUCAUAAGUGAAUCAGUCCGCCAGUCGCGUCGCCUGUUUCUGAGAGACUACUCUGGUGUCAGGUUGCAUUGUUCGAGCUCGCGGAUAAGUACAACACACUUUUCAAGCAUGCGUCUCGGGAACAAAGACCGGCUUCGUGAUCAGUAAUCGUUAUAUCUCUCCGAUACUAUUUGUGUGAUCUACAAAUAAAAGACUGAUUUGAUUCAUUUUAUGGCUUUUUGUGUGUAUGUAUAUUUGUGUACAUAUAAAUAUUGUGUGUCAGUUAUAGUACAAUAGUGUGUAUAAAAAUAUUAAAAACUCGACGGUUACAAAAGACUGAGAGAAAAUGCCGGACAAAAACGACAAGCUCGUCGAGGUAAAGACGAUUCUGCGCUCAUUGUUGAUCGCGAAAGCCAACACUACUGUUACGUUGAAACAUCUCUGCAAAAUGUAUAUUGAAAUGGAAGAUUGUUACAUUCCCUUCCGCGACCUCGGCUUCUCAAAUUUGGUUGAUUUUUUGAAAAGCAUCGUUGACACCGUGACGCUGUACACAAACUAUGCCGGCGAGCUGUGCGUCAGACAUGUGGACACGGAAAAAUCUGCGCACAUUACUUCGCUCGUGAGUCGACAAUCGAAACCGAAAAAGCCAACCGCGAAGAAAAAAGCGUCCUAUCGUCCACCUUAUAACUAUAGCCCAAACUACAAGUCUUCCAGUUAUUCUUAUAAACCGUCCACUAAUGCUUACAGAAAACCGUUCGUUGAUUAUUAUAGCAAGCCGACCAAUAACUACAACGGGAUGUACAACAAGUACAAGCCUUCAAAUAAUUACUCCACUAAUACUACGAGUAAUUAUAACAGCAGGUCUGUCAACGGUUAUCCUACCAGCACGGCUAAUAAUAAUAACAGCAAGCCUAUGAACCAUGCUGCUAGCAAUAGCAGCAAUUACAACAAACCUACGAAUGGUAUUUCCAGUAUGACUGCACAGUCUCGCAGAGAUCCCUUAAAUGUAUUGAAGAUGGUUUUGAAAGGUAUGAAGAACGCAAAAAUCACUACUGGCAUUCGCAAGGUUGAUGUUUUGACUAAAGUCAAGUUUGAGCUUUGCCAAGCUGGGCGAGACCCUGAUGAUGUUUAUUCGAUGCAACAUCUAAAUGACCAUUUAGAUGAACUUUGGGAGGAAAUCGAGCUGAAAGAAGAUUAUAUUUAUUUUAGAGAUGAACUAGCUAUUAUUAAGGAGCAACAGAGAAGAAGUUUGAAUGAAAAAAGACCGCCUUUAACCACAAAUCGUUAUGAUGAAUCGCCUAUGAUUUACAAUAGACAACAGGAAAAACAAAAAAAGUCGUUUGUUAAAGAGACUCCUGUUCAUGAAACUGUUGAAGCAAUGGAUACUACUAGUCAAUUUUCUCGAUAUUGUCAAGAACCAAAGUCAACACCCAUGAAAGCUCAUUCAGUUUCGGAUGAUCUGAUCAAUGAAAAAAUUAGAUUUCGAUUGCAGAAAUUAAUAGAAAAACAUCCAGAGGGAAUUUGGUGCUCAGAAUUACCAAAUGAAUAUAAAAAGGAAUAUAGUAUAGAUUUAGAUUACAAAGACUUAGGAUACACUUGUAUUGCAGAAUUUGUUGCUAAAUUGCCAGAUAUUUUUGAGAUUACUAAGCCUUUGGAUAAUAGAUUAAUGGUUUUGAAUGCCAAACGACCUAAACAUGACUUCCCAAAUAAUUUCCAAAAAAAGACUUUGGCUUCCAUGUACAAUAUUGAAGUUGCAAAGGAACCAGAGCCAGUACCUCUUCAAUUGACAUCAAAUACAUCUAAAACUUUUUUUCCCAGUGGUGUUAUGAACCUUAAUGAAACUGUAGAAAUUAUCAGCGUUCUUACAUUGAGUACCAUAGAGCAUAUUGAAGUUAAUGUUUCUGAAAUAUUUACUCCAUCAUUCUUUUGGGUAACAUUGCGUGAAAAUAAAAAGAAGUUCAAAGCAAUGAUGACUGAGUUGGAUGACUUCUACAAAUACCAAGAUUUAGAUUUAUAUAGAAUUCCACAGGUCGUAUUACAAGCAGGAUUGAACAUUGCUUGUAUUUAUGCUAAAAUUUGGCAUAGAGGUAUAAUUAAAAAGAUUAAACCUGAUGGAUUUGUUGUCAUACUGUUUUAUGACUAUGGAACUGUAUCAACAUACCAUCCGAGUGAUGUAUAUUUCUUGCACACAAGGUUUUCUAUUCUACCUGCACAAGCAAUAGCUUCUGGUUUAUGCAAUACGAAGCCUAUUGGAUCCAUUGAAUGGCCACGCAAAUCAUAUGAAGCAUUUUACGAUAAAGUUUGGAACAUACCAAUGAUUGCUGUUGUAUCCAGUAUAAAUGAAGAAAACAAUACCAUGAUGAUCACUUUGACAGAUACAAGUGAUGACGAGAAUGAUUUACACAUAAAUGACUGGAUGGUGGAGAAUAAUUUCGCUGAAUGGGGUAAAAUGGUUUGUAUGAAAAAAAAUUUUGCUUUUGAACAUUAUCAACGAUGCCAACAAAUAAACGGCCUCACUUUAUCAACUCAUGGUGAAUCCAUAAAGAAUGAAUUAGUCGAAAACAAUUCUCUUAUAUCAAAAAAUUCUGUUACUCACGACUCAAAAAUUUCUGCUCUACAAAAGUGUAAGUCGUUUUAUUCUUGCUCAUCCGACUGUUCUUCAUCACUCGAUGAAACGGUUUACGUUUAUGCUAGCAAAGUUGAAGAUAGCAAACAAGCUCGCAGUGAAAAACUUUUUAAUCGAUGUAAGGAUUUGAUGGUUAAGCGAAUAAUUGAUACUUCAAAUAUUGAUGGAAGCGAUUCUAACAAAAAAAAUAACAUAAAUGAACGUUGUCAGCAAGACUGUAGUACAACAUACGACGAUUUGCGAAAUUCAACACAGUUUAAUUUGACGAAAGAAGAGAGAGAAAAUUCUACUGUAAAUAAUGACGGAUUAACGAUUAAGGAGGUACCUUUUCAUACAUUGACUGCAUUUGAUGAAAUCAAUAUUAAACCUCGUAGUAACGCAUACAAAGAAACGAAAAUAUCAAGUACGAAAUCCUCGAACCUUACAACUUCAUCUUCAAAUUUGAAUGAUACAGGAUCUUUUCACACUGCUUCAAGUGUGGCCACAUUGGUCCAAGAAACUAUUGGCUAUGUCAAGCAAACUCACACUAUUACUCAAGCAAUUCUUUUGAACACACCCCUCAACAAAUUAGAUGAUGUUUCGAACAGCAAUGUCCAAGAUCUGAGAAAUGAAAGAAUAGAAAAUAAAGCCUUUGGAAAUAGUGGUUUCGUGAGCUUGGAAACUUUUAAUACACCUAUUAGCUCAGACUCCAAUGACAAUCUCAGUACUAUAAAAACCCACUUGUCUGUAAAAAAUAACUAUUCGGAAAUUGAUAGCAUUCGAAAUGAAUAUCGACCCACGAGUCAGAGUUCAAGAAAUGAAUCAGAUUAUGAAUUGCCAGUAAGUCACAUUAACCAAAAUGGCGAUGCAAGAUCUGUAAAUCGAAAUUCCAAAAACGAAGUGGAACAAGAAUUACCAAUACGAAAAGCCAAAGAAAACGGGUAUGCAGAAUCGCAUCAUGAUACAAAUGUCUGUAUCAAGAGACGACCGUCGAUCCAUUCUGCAAGUUCCUAUACAUCAGAAUACAGUCAAUCGAAUAAUGCAGAAUUAAAUGGUGCUGACGAAUAUAAUGAUGAUAAGUUAAAAGAGGGGGAAGAUGGGACUAUAUUUUUUGAAAGAGUAAUUGAGAAUGGUUACAAAAAUCCGACGAUCAACAUAAAGUAUCCAUCUAAUUUUGCAGCCUUGCAUGCUAACAAAUUUGAAAAUAACGCGGAUUCGACGAGAGUCAAUUCUAUUGAAAAUAUAAAACCUUGUGAUGAAAUCGAUGAAGGAUAUCUGACUGGUAGUAGACGAUCACGAACUAAUGGUUCUUUAUCAUUAACUUCAAAUGCAUGUGAUACUACUUUUGUGACUUCUCCUAUGUAUAUUGAAUUACAACUUUCCGAAAAAUGUGAUAACAAAUUAAUUCACAUCUUUCAUUUGGAAAACAAUGGAUGGGUUUGCAUGAACGAAGUUGUCGAGGCAUUCACCAACUACUUAGAUGAAAGAGUCCUGAUGAAAUUAAUCCAAGUUUUACAACUAGAUAUAAUGUUUCGCGAUUUAACAAGGAAAACAGAUCCUUACCUCUUUCACCAACUAGAUGAAAGCCGAUUGAAGGCGCCAAGGGAUGAAGAAAACAAAAUUGUUUCAGAUUUUGUUUUGACUCUAAUCACUUGUAAGGCUAUGAUACAACUUUUAAUAGACCUAGAUUUCAUUGAAACCAAGAUGGUUAAAGAAGCAAUUCCUUUGAUGAGGACACUUAGUAAUAAUACAGAAGAUAUCAUAUACAAGCAUUUUAAUAACAAAAUUUUGUUUGAUGCAUUGAAUGUGACAGUACAGUACGGAGUAUUUAAGCGGACGCAAAAAAUAUCAGCGAAAUGAUUUUUUUUCUCUUUGACAUAAUUAUGAAUACUAGGAAAUAUAACAUUACAGUAUGAUUAACUGUA